UAUUCUGCUUAGAGAAGAAGAGAGAGAUAUGGAGAGAAUGCCAGCUUGUUUAUGUCUUGUAUUCCUCUUCUUAACUGUUGUUGCAGAAGCAAAGUAUCCUCCUGGAGGUUCCUACCAUCUUUUAUCUUUGAGAAAAAACAGUAAGACCUCCAAGUCAAAGGCAGAGUUACCCUUUCACUUUCAGACACGUUACAUCCCUCAGAAUCUUGACCACUUUAGUUUCCAACCAGAGAGCUACAGAAUCUUCUAUCAGAAGUACCUCAUCAGCAGUCAUUUCUGGCGCAAAGGUGGCCCCAUCUUUGUCUACACAGGCAAUGAAGGUGACAUUGAAUGGUUUGCUUCCAACACCGGCUUCAUGUUGGACAUUGCUCCCAAGUUCCAGGCUCUUCUUGUCUUUAUCGAACAUAGAUUCUAUGGAGAGUCGAAGCCGCACAACUUGGCCAAGACAAUGGGAUACCUAAACUCACAGCAAGCGUUGGCUGAUUAUGCAAUCUUGAUAAGAAGCUUGAAGCAAAAUCUAUCGUCCGAAGCGUCUCCUGUCGUAGUCUUUGGUGGCUCUUAUGGUGGAAUGCUUGCAGCGUGGUUCAGGCUAAAGUAUCCGCAUAUCACAAUUGGUGCAUUAGCUUCCUCUGCUCCAAUUCUGCAGUUUGAUAAGAUUGUUCCGUCUUCAAGCUUCUAUGACGUCGUUUCUCAGGAUUUCAAGGACGCGAGUCUUAACUGUUUUGAAGUCAUCAAGAAGAGCUGGAGAGAACUGGAGGUUUUUUCUACCAUGAAAGAUGGCUUACAAGAACUCAGCAAAAAGUUCAUAACUUGCAAGGAUCUUCACGCUGUCUAUCUAGCCUCAAGGUGGCUAGAGACAGCCUAUACUGAUACAGCAAUGGUUAAUUACCCAACUCCAGCAAAUUUCAUGGCUCCACUGCCUGCUUAUCCAGUGGAGGAGAUGUGCAAGAUCAUCGACCGGUUUCCUUUAGAAGCCAGCAAUCUUGAUCGUGCGUUUGCAGCUGCAAGCUUAUACUACAACUAUUCAGGUUCAGAGGAUUGCUUCGAUAUUGAAAACCAAACUGAUCCUCAUGGACUCAAUGGUUGGUAUUGGCAGGCAUGCACAGAGAUGGUGAUGCCAAUAAGCUGUUCAAACCAGAGCAUGUUUCAACCAUUCGAAAAUGAUGAAAAAAUAUACCAAGAAGACUGUCUAAAGGAAUACGGUGUCAAGCCUAGACCACACUGGAUCACCACUGAAUUUGGCGGACAUAGAAUAGAGAUAGUGUUGAAGAGAUUUGGUAGCAACAUUAUAUUCUCCAAUGGAAUGCAGGAUCCAUGGAGCAGAGAAGGGGUUCUGAAGAACAUAUCGAGCAGCAUCAUUGCGCUUGUGACCAAGAAAGGAGCUCACCAUACGGAUCUCAGGGCUGCUACAAAAGACGACCCAGAGUGGCUGAAAGAACAGAGGAGGCAAGAAGUUGCAGAGAUAGAGAAAUGGAUCAGUGAGUAUUACAGUGACCUGAGACAAGAAGAGCAAGCUAAUGUCUUACACACUGAUCACCAUUGUUGCUGCACUUCCGACUCUGAUUCAGCAUUUUGUUCUUCCGAAACGAUGGCUCGUCGAUCUGGAGAUUGCAUGAGAUGUCUGGUGAUUUUCGCGGUUGUAUCAGCUUUAGUUGUGUGUGGACCUGCUCUUUAUUGGAAAUUCAACAAGGGUUUCGUUGGAUCCACUCGUACCAACUCUCUUUGUCCUCCUUGCGUUUGUGAUUGUCCUCCUCCUUUGUCUCUUCUCCAGAUUGCUCCUGGGCUUGCAAAUCUCUCUAUUACAGAUUGUGGAAGCGACGAUCCAGAGCUUAAACAAGAGAUGGAGAAGCAAUUUGUGGACCUUCUGACUGAAGAGCUGAAGCUGCAAGAAGCAGUUGCAGAUGAGCAUAGCCGUCAUAUGAAUGUUACCCUUGCAGAAGCUAAAAGGGUUGCAUCUCAGUAUCAAAAGGAGGCUGAGAAGUGCAAUGCCGCCACUGAGAUUUGUGAAUCAGCUAGAGAGAGAGCCGAAGCUUUGUUGAUCAAGGAGAGGAAGAUCACUUCUUUGUGGGAGAAGAGAGCUCGGCAAUCAGGUUGGGAAGGACAUGGACACAAUCUAGAACAUGCAGACAACUUGCCAGAACCAAAGAGACAGAAGCUUCCUGCUUUGGCAAGUGUCAUAGUGGAAGCUGUCAAGGUAGAUAGUCUGCAGAGGCUAUGCUCGUCUUUGGAACCAUUAUUUCGAAGAAUUGUCAGUGAAGAGGUGGAACGUGCCUUAUCUAGGUUGGAGAACUCGAAAUCUACUUCAAGAUCUCCAGAACCGAAUAAGAUUCAAGGCCUCGAUGGAAGAAAUCUGCAACUUCGGUUCAGAACACGAAUGCCUCCUCAUUUAUUCACGGGUGGGAAAGUCGAGGGAGAGCUAGGCUCAGCCAUUCACGUGGUUCUUAUAGAUGCAAACACCGGAAAUGUAAUCCAAACAGGAGAAGAAUCAAUGGCAAAGCUGAAUAUUGUCGUCUUAGAUGGAGACUUCAAUGAUGAAGACGACAAAGAUUGGACUAGAGAACAUUUUGAGAGCUUUGAAGUGAAGGAACGCGGAGGAAAACGUCCCAUCUUGACUGGUGACAGACAUGUGAUACUUAAAGAAGGUGUUGGAACUCUUGGAAAACUUACUUUCACUGACAAUUCGAGCUGGAUUAGGAGCAGAAAGUUUAGACUAGGUGUUAAGGCUGCAUCGGGGUUUUACAUACGUGAAGCUAAAACAGAGCCAUUUGCUGUUAAAGAUCACAGAGGAGAACUAUACAAGAAACAUUAUCCACCGGUUUUACAUGAUGAAGUCUGGAGAUUGGAUAAAAUAGCGAAAGAUGGAGCGCUACACAAGAAGCUACUAAAAUCUAACAUCGUGACUGUUGAAGACUUCCUACGGAUACUCAUGAAGGAUCCGCAGAAACUAAGAAGUUUACUUGGGAGUGGAAUGUCAAAUAGAAUGUGGGAUAACACGGUGGAGCACGCAAAGACCUGCGUAUUAGGUGGGAAACUUUACGUCUAUUACACAGAUCAAACUCAAGAUACAGGUGUUGUCUUUAAUCAUAUAUAUGAAUUCCAAGGCCUAAUUGCCAAUGGCCACUUCUUAUCUCUCGAAUCUCUUAACAAUGAUCAAAAGAUUUCUGCAGACAUUUUGGUGAAGACGGCUUACGAGAACUGGCAUAAAGCGGUUGAGUAUGACGGUAAGCUCUUGAAUUGCUUACCAGUUGCUAAGAAGGAAAUAAAAAUUUCUCAGAACCAUCAAACGCAGCAGAAGACUCUGCAAUGCCAACAGACUGCGAAUGGCUACUCAUCAGUUCCUCAGCAUCUGAUAGAGUAUCCUUUAGUCCAACAACCUUGCAAUCAGUUACGAGACUACACAUCGAUGGAGAGUUCUUCGGUUUCGGGCUCAUACAAUGGAGGCCUUGAAGAUAUUUUUACAGAGGAAAUUCGAGCGAGGAGUUCUGAGAUGCUGGAGACCGAUGACAUGCAGAGAUUGCUGAAGACAUUUGGGAUAUCAGGCGGGUUUGGUCACAGGGAUGAGUCCAGUUACGGUUUCAGUGAUUGGUAUGAAGCUCAGAUAGAUAAGGGUUAUAGGAGAGAAGGAGGUAGAAGCGCAGGGAAAGCUGUAGUGGGAUGGCUUAAGCUUAAAGCUGCAUUGAGAUGGGGUAUCUUUAUACGCAAGAAAUCUGCAGAGAGGAGGCCUCAGAUUGUGGAGAUCGACUAAGAAAGUACUAUCAAAAAUUCCGAGAGCUUUUCUUUUGUAUAAAUAGACUUGAAGCAAUAACUUGUCUCAGUUCAA